UCCGCUCAGUGACAAACCCGCAGAGCCUCUUGAACGCAUCCAGUGGAAAUGACAAACCAGAGGCGCUCCGCGGGCCAGCGCGUCAAAUCACUGUAAUCAUGGCUUCUAGCGACGGCACCUCAUCCGAAAGUCUCCUCCGGAAACAGUAGCGAGGCAUCCUCGGUGGGGUUUUUUUCGGAUUUGCGGACGCCUUAGAAUUUGGACCGGUGUCGGCAAAUGGACGUCGAUGGACUGGAAUGAAAGCUUCACUUCUUCUACCGGACUGACGAACGGAGGAAAGGAGCCUCUGCAUGUUCAAGUUUCCUGCUCCGGCCGGAGGGGAAUCGCUGCGUGCGUGUUGGACGCGCGUGGAAGCGUGCGUCGGGUGCGUGUGUGUGUGUGCGUGCCCGCCGGAGCAGCGGUAGCGCGAGCGGCGGCGGCGGCGGCGGCGGAGAGAGGGAAGUUUAGCGCCGCGAUUUGCCUCCUCUCCUCCUCGGCUCGGUGGGUUCUCAUGUCGCGGCGGGGGACGGGCGGACCCACGCUUCCCUCAUGAAAACUAACCAUCCGUGGAGCGGCUCCGCGAUCGUGACUGUGACGGCGAUGUCGAGCAAGAGCGCGGAGUGGCUGCAGGAGGAGCUGGAGUCCGGGGUCGGCGCCCUGCUGCUGCUGGACUGCAGAGCCCACGAGCUGUACGAGUCCUCGCACAUCGAGUCGGCCAUCAACCUGGCCAUCCCGGGGCUGAUGCUCCGCCGGCUGAAGAAGGGCAACCUGCCCAUCCGCUCCAUCAUCCCCAACAACGAGGACAAGGAGAAAUUCGUCAAGCGCUGCAAGACGGACGUGGUGGUGCUGUACGACGACGCGGCGCCGGAGCGCCAGGAGUCCGGCAUCGGCAGCUCCGUGCUCGGGCUGCUCCUGCAGAAGCUGCGCGACGACGGGUGCAAGGCGUUCUACCUGGAGGGGGGCUUUAACAAGUUCCAGUCGGAGUAUCCGGAGCACUGCGAGACCAACCUGGACUGCUCCUGCCCCAGCAGCUCCCCCCCGGCCUCCGUUCUGGGCCUGGGAGGACUCCGCAUCAGCUCCGACUGCUCGGACGGGGAGUCCGACCGCGAGCCCAGCAGCGCCACGGAGUCGGAGGGCAGCCCGCUCCCCAGCAACCAGCCGGCGUUCCCCGUCCAGAUCCUGCCCUACCUGUACCUGGGCUGUGCCAAGGACUCCACCAACCUGGAUGUGCUCAGCAAGCACAACAUCAAGUACAUCCUCAACGUGACGCCCAACCUGCCCAACAUGUUCGAACACGAGGGGGACUUCAAGUACAAGCAGAUCCCCAUCUCUGAUCACUGGAGCCAAAACCUCUCGCAGUUUUUCCCUGAGGCCAUUUCAUUCAUUGACGAGGCGCGCUCCAAGAAGUGCGGCAUCCUGGUGCACUGCCUGGCCGGCAUCAGCCGCUCGGUGACCGUCACGGUGGCCUACCUGAUGCAGAAGCUCAACCUGUCGCUCAACGACGCCUACGACUUCGUCAAGCGCAAGAAGUCCAACAUUUCCCCCAACUUCAACUUCAUGGGCCAGCUGCUGGACUUUGAGCGGACGCUGGGCCUCAACAGCCCCUGCGACAACCACUCGGCCUCCCCCACGCACGACCAGCUCUUCUUCACCACCCCGACCAAUCACAACGUGUUUCAGCUGGACACGCUGGAGUCCACAUGAGAAUUGGAGGGCGGUGGGUGUGUGCGUGUGGGGGGGGGGGGGUUCCGUCCCCUGUUUGAGGAGAGGUGUCAAGAUGGUGGUAUUACCAUGGCAACAAGUGGCGGCACCGCAGGGGAGCAGCCAGAUUUAACGAAUGUUUUUGCCUCCUGGGGCUCGUUGUGCGCGAGCCGGGCCACGGAGCAGGACGGGGGAGCCCGUAUUUGCCAUGUUAAAGGGGAAGGGGAGCGUUUGAGGUCCUGAACCCAGAGAGGGGAACUGACAGAUGGGUUUACGCGGGGCAUCCUUCUCAGAGUGCACUGAUUCAAGGGAGGACGACCCCCCGUCUCUUGUGACAAAAAGGCGAUAAGGAGACUCAACGGACUGACAAAGCCAGCGAAGGUCACAGCUUCAUACAAAGAUAGGAACACGGAAAAACUACAGCGCUCAACCUUUGGAGACAACUACGUCCUCUCUGUCUUUCUGUCUCAGCUCUCGAGGUGAGCUGACCGGUGCCAAGUGGAGAAUCCAGGAUUUACUCAUAGGAAAUCUUGCUCUACUGAAUGCAGAGCUUUUAAAAACCAAGGAAUUUUAAUACGUACACACACACACACACACACACACACACACACACACACACACACACACACACACACACACACACACACACACACAAAGUAAGUAUGUUUGUACUGUAUGUACUGGAUGUAUGUCAACAUGCAUAGCAGAAAAUGUACGGGCAGUCCUUGACAAAUUCAGUAUGUCUAUAUGCAUUUUUGUAUAUUUUUGUGUACAUUUACGCACAAAUCUAUACCUUAUAAGUAUAUACGUAUAGAAAUCUUACCUUUGUCCAAAAACAAAGUAAUCUAAUCCUAUAAUGGCUUAAGAGAUUGUAAUACUAAGAGGGGAAUGGGUGAGGUGGCGCCAACAACGGGGGGGACAUUUUCUUGAUAUUCCUGCUUCUGUUCUUCUUCCUCUCCGUUUCUUUUAAUAUUUUAAUGACCCAAAGCAGUUUGCACAGUGGCUUAGCCAUCACGUUAUUGGCACUUGGAGCCGGUGCUGAAAGCAGCCAGAUAAAGAGACAUUCAGAGAAGAGGAGGCGAAAGACGGGAGGCCAGUCCCAGGCUGCGACGAGGGCCGACAGCUGCGCGGUGCGGCGGGGAGGGCGCAGGACUGUGGGCGGGGCUCCGGGGCCUCCAGGGGCGGGGUCCUGUGGCCCCCAGGGGCGGGGCUACGGGGCGGGGCUCCGGGGGCGGGGCUUGGGCCAGACGCCACCGCGGCCGCGCUGGCUUUUAGGGAUAGUUAUAGAUUCAAAAGUGCUUGGGUACGAUUCGCCGUUUGGCCGACUCUGCAAGUUCCCGCUUCCUGCUUCCUUCCCCAUAUGACUGUUGAUGCCGUUGCCUAAUGAGAAGUGCGGGGUGUUUCCAGCAGCGGUUUUGAUGAUUUUAGAGAAAACUCAACUUCCUCUGAGUUUGUUACGACACGGCCCUGCGUGUUUUGACAAACGGGUUCCUAACGGCUCGGCAGCCGGUGAGGUCAGGGCCGCUGUUGUGGAUACGAAGUGCUGUUGACAAUGACGGGCCGCUUGGCUUAGCAACCUCAGGCUCAAACCCCCAAACCUUUGUAUUGGAGACUUUUGUUUCGAAGGCGUUGGCCUGUCUUCGGUUCUCUCUACAGAUAUUUGCCAAAAAGGGACUCCAGGCCCGGGGACAGUGAUUGCAAUCUGAUCUUAGUGUUGGGGUUGUGGUGCGGCGAACUGGGACUGGCCUCAGCUACAAACUGCACUUAGCUAUUCGAAAUAGCAUCAGGUCCCUUAACUGCAUCAGUGAAAACAGAAAGGAAAGAGACCGCCCACUCAUCAAAGAAAGGUUCCGGUGGAUUCACCCUUAAGCCUUGGGUAUGAAAUGAAAAGUAUAUUUAACACAAAUAGAUAUAUACAGUAUAUAUUAUAGAGCUAAUAGUAAACAGAUCUAUAUUAUUUUGUAUACUGAGCAUGCUGUGCUACUGUAUGCUCUCUAACAGCAGACGUAACCACGGGUGGGAUGUUGCUUUAAGAGGCAGGUCAAUGAACGUUGGAGCCGUUUUUUUACUGCUGCCGUUGCUGCACGGCGGCGGCAGCUUGUGGCCAAGGAGUUUUCUGAGACCCCGUCCACAUCAGUGGUCCUGUGUCUGUCUGACACUGGGCUUCAUGGAACAACAUUGUUCCGCCCCUAUUAUUUUUUUAAUUAUUCGUAAGUCUUUCUAAUAAACACACAAACAUGGCGUUGAAUGCAGACGCUUCAAUGUUUAAACUUUGGAGGCAUUUCAAUCAACUGCACGUCUUCUGGCUUGUGGAAGCUUGAAAUGUGACUUAGUCCCUAAAAUACUCUCCAAUGACCAUAUUUUUUUUAAACUACAGUACAUCUCUGAGCAGAGAUGUGGACGGGGUCACAAUCAGACACCAGGCACUGGUUUUCUGACAGGACAGCAGUUUGCAUCUGAAAAAGGGUUGGUUUUAACUGGCCUUAUAUAAUCUUUUAACUUGUUUCUAAUGCUGACUGUUCAAUACUCUUUGUAUCUCACUUUAGAAAAAAAAAUCUGUAAAGAAAUGAGACGUUUGUUAUCUGUUAUUUGAAUCAGAACAUGGUGAGCUGUCUUUUUACCGUAACAGGUCGCGCAACGUCCUUUUUGUUACUCUGCAAUAUAUGGAAACACCUUUUUUUGCAGUAUUUUGUAGAUUCAGAACCUCAAAAUUUUUAAAUUCUUCUUCUUUUGUACUAUAUUCUAUAUAAUGAUAUGAGAUCCAGCUUGAUUACGGCUUGUAGACUGAAGUAACUUUUCACCUGGGGUGUCCGACGUGAAAAGGAAAGGCCCUCGUUGUCACAGCCAGAGCUGUGGUUCAGCAUGUCAGUUUGAUUCACAGUAGACCAUUACACCCCCCGGCAUAAAUAAUUACAAGGUCUGUCUUGUUUUGAUAUAACGUGCUCUAUGCUAUUCCUGUGGCCUUUCAAUAUGAAGAUAUAUCUAAGUAUAUAUAUAUAUAUGUUAUGACUUUAUGCAAUUGUUUCUGUCCUAUUGAGCAUCAGAGAUAAAAAUAAGUACCAUGCUUUAUUGGACUUCCUCGUCUGGAGUCUCAUCCCAACCACAAUAAGGAAACACUGAGGAUCACUUGCACCCUAGGAUUGAAAUAUAUUUCAGUACAAAGCUUUUCUAUUUAAAAACAAUACGGUUAAUUUUAAGCUGCUUUCUUGUGUGUGUGUGUGUGUGUGUGUGUGUGUGUGUGUGUGUGUGUGUGUGUGUGUGUGUGUGUGUGUGUGUGUGUGUGUGUGUGUGUGUGUGUGUGCGCGCGCGCGCGCGCGCGUGCGUGUGUGUGUCUUUGUAACAAUGAAAGAGAAAUCACGUCUUUUUCUCUGUUUGUAAAUUUGCCAGAUCACGGGAACGGCCGUUUCCGUGUCCUUAAACUUGUAGCUACAUAUUGGUGAGAAUGUGCGUGGGGGAGGGCGGGGGCGGCGGGCGGGGGCGGACGGGCGGCGUUGAAGACACAAAGCGAAAGGAAAAGCGGAUGAUUUCAAAAUGUUUACCUCAAUGAGGAUUUUUUCAGGGAUUUUUUUGACAAUGCAUCUUGCAUCGUGUUACAGCUUCGAACACAUGUUGAAUAGCUGUUUUGUAUUGUGCUGUACAAAGUUUUUAAAUAGAUGCAAUCUGUCUGUGUGUGAAAACAAGGGGCAUGUUAACCGGGACAGUUUCACCUCUUCUGUCUAUGAAGGAAACACCGUGGACCCUACGUAUUGUACAGUGUAUGGAUACAACACAAGACAUGUUUAUACCGCAAAUAAAUAUUGAAAUAUUUUUUUCUUUAA